UUACUAUAGGAUCAGUUGACGGGAUGGUCAUUCAGACCGACGUUAAAAUAAAUCAGUUCCGGUUGCUGUAGAGACGUGUUCACUCUUUGAAAUUUAGUGAAAUGGAAUUACUUCAAUUAUUCAUUUUCAUCGGUGUGAUUUUUUUAUGUGAUUGUAAUACUACUAUUGAUGAUAAUGAUACAAAGACAAAAUUGGCACAGGGAGAAAAGCAAUUAGGCGACCAGAUUCGAUUAAUACUCAAGCAUUAUCAGCAACCGGAUCCGAUCGGGCUUCCGGGCGCCCCUAUACCUGAUCCAAUGAUGGUUCCAGACAUGAAGCAUUCGUUCUCGAUGUAUACUAUGAAUUUCAAAUCUGUUAAAGUGUAUGGUCUCUCGAAAUUUCGGAUUGAGCACGUGCAAUCCGAACUAGCAUUGAUGCAGGUAUCAGUUGCCCUGAGUAUUGAAACUCUUGAUAUCCGAGGACUCUAUACACUCUCAUCGUGGCUGUCAGGAUCAUCUGGAGAUUUUAUUGUUAAAUUAAGUGGAGUGAAUAUCCAAGGACUGGCAAAGCUUCAAGUUGGAACUGAUGGAAAACUUCAUGCCCAAGAUAUUGAUAUGGAUUUAACAUUUGUUAAUAUUGAUAUGGAUUUCAAGAACCUCGGCUUUUUUGGAGCUGUAUUUCAGAGUGUUAUAAAUUCUGUCGGAGCAUUUAUUUUUGAUAGCAUUAAACCAUUUAUUCUUAACGAAGUUAAUACAAAUGUAAGAGGUGAAGUAAAUAAACAGAUAUCUCAGUUACCACAGUACUUUCCAAACUCCAUUUCACCCUUUGACAUGGCAGUUGCAGAGGCACGCAAACAAGUUUCUGAUAUGGGAUAUGAUCCAUAUAGAGUUAAGGAUUAUUCUCAGAGUGUUGGAAUUUUCACUAUUACCUCAAGCCAUACCUGGCUCACUGGCCUUGCUAGUUUUUAUCGUAUGGGUAACAUUACGCUUACUAUGGAAAAUGGAACGGUUUAUGCAAUACUGGAUGUGGGCACACAGGAGAUUGAAGGUAGAACACACUGGGAAGUGGGUGUUAUUGGGGGGUUUCUCUCUAGAGCCGGAACAGUCUCGUUCACGGUUCAAUAUUUUCGAGUCCAAGUAAAAUUAAGUCAGCCUGUAGAUACUCGGAAACGGGCAUCUCUAGAGAAGCUUAAUCUUGAGCUUGGUAAUAUUCAAACGAGAAUACGCGGUGCAGGUACAGUGGAUUACAUUAUAGAAGCAGGAAUAAAUAUAUUACCCAAUUUAUUACGAUAUCAAAUUAUGGAUGCUAUUGAGGGACCGAUCAAAAGACGGCUUCAAGAUGAACUUAAUAAAGUGGACGUAGAAAAGCUAAUUCACGAAAAAAUUCCGGAUAUUGAAGAAAAAGCGAGAUUUCUUCAAGGGAUAACACCGUCUGAAGAUAUUAUUCUUGAAGAAACGCCACCACUUUUACCUGUAGAUCAAGAGCCAUUUUCCGAAAGUGAAGAGGAACGUGGCCCUUCAUGAAAAUGUUGUUUAUAUAGAUAAUUUUUACUAUUACAUUAUUGACAUAAUGUAUAAAAUCAAUGAAUAUUGAUACAAUAGAUAUUUUUUUUUUUUUUUUAUUAGUAAAUCACAUUGAAUCGAUAUAGGAAGUAAUGAAUUGUAUAUUUUAUUAUAUUUUUAUUAAUUGUCUUAAAAAAAAAUACAGAAAAUUUUGACAUUUUCUUUUUUUUUGGAGCGAUUAUUUUAUCGAAAAUUUAAAUGAUUGUAUUUAUCAAUUCUAUAUGUAUCAACGAUUAA